UUAAUGUUCAAGUAUAUUUCAUUGAAAUAGUUAAUGAAGAUUACACAAAAAGAACACCUCACAACUCAACGCUUGCCGAGGAGGUAGGACUUGAAAUAAUUUAUUUCAAGGAUUUUCAGUAGCAUUUCAUCAGUUAAACGCAAAUGAGAAAAAGAUCUCAAACACAUUGAAGUGUUUAUAUGUGUAGUAAGUAUGGCAUCCUCAAGUGCAAACCAAACAGACAGAACGCAACCAAGAGAGCCUUUUACCAUUCAACGCCCGGCCGAGAUUGAACAGAGACGGACGAAAGAGAAGGCGAGCAAAGACCGUCAUAAACCAUCAAAGUUCGCUGUAGGGUCAAAAUGGCUGUUCACCUUCAUAUUCGGUGUUAUUCUUUUAUCGAGUCUAACACUAAGCAAAAUUUCGAUUCUAGUCUUAUCCGAGGCAAUGAACACUGAUCCGGACAUAAAUACAGAUUCAAGAUGCAGAUUGUUUGUAAAGUUGCAAAUACUUAUACUGGUGCCAAAUAUGUUUGCUCUCUUCAAAAGUGUCUGGAAAGGAACAUUUCGCAAAGAUCUGCCUAUGCCAUCCCUCAGAACUAUUUUUUAUGCUGUGCCCAUCUCGGUUCUUGAAUCAAUUGGAGUGUGCCUAUUUAUAUUCAAUAUCCCGGGACUGUGCAAGACACACCAUAUUGUUUUGUUAAUGAACAGUGUAUUUUUUGUUCCAUUGCUUGAUAACUUUGUUCGAAGUUGUAAGAAAAGAAACGAAGAAGAUGGAAAACGGACCCUUGUUUUAUUUGGUUCGGCUUUGUUUCUUGAGAUAGUAGGCGUUUUGCUCUCUGUCUUCUUGGUGUGUCUUCAUGUUGCUUUGGAAAAAUUGUGGAUUCCGAUUAUUGGAAUUUUAUUCCUGUCUUUCGCUUGGACGCCUUCAAUUAAUAAAGUUUUGCUGGAAACAAAAAUUAGCGGGAGAAGAAACAACGGAAAUACAGAACAAACCGACGGGCAAAUGUCAGAUUUACAGGAAAAUCCAACAAUACAGGAGGAAUCACAAGGUAGACCAGCCCAACCUGAAACAUUGAAUGAUGGGAAAAGAAUCACUUGGAAGUUGACGCUUAUCAUGUCUCUUACAAAAAUAUGUUCGACAUAUGGAAUAUCAAUGCUCUUAUUCAGUGUUGAUUCCAUUUCCCCAUUUCCGGAAAACACUAGCGUGACAAUUGUCAAUUAUUCAAACGGCUGGAAACUGUCGGUUUGGGAAGAGGCUAGCAACGAAGAAGUGUAUUAUUUUGUCGCACACAUUUGCAGUAGUUUUAUCAGUUAUUACAUUGGGUACAUGGCUUGUACCACCUGCAUGCAAAUUGGAGCGUUUGCACUUCCGUUAGUGUUAACAAUUGUUCCAUCACUUCUACUGCUGACAAUUAAAGGAAGCUGUGAAUCAUUAUUGAUGCGUAUUGGAAGCACAAAGGACAUAUAUGAUUGCAUUGUCAUUCCGGCUAACACGAAACUAGACUUAGCUCUUUUAGUCAUUUCCGGAAGCUGUCUUUUAGCAGCACAGAUACUGUUCACAUUUCGUUUAAUAUGGAAAAAUGGCUUGCUGUUUAAACUGAAAGAGGAUCAGUUGUUUUGGCUACCAAUGUACACGCCAGUACUUCUAGAACAGUGGCUGAUGUUAAUAAGAAGGAAUGAGUUUAAUGACGAAAACUAUAGUGAAAAAGUUAGAAAAGGAAGAGAAGCAAAAGUCAUUAUCUGCACGACUAUGUUUAGAGAAGAUGAACAUGAAAUGAAGCAACUUUUAGAAUCAAUAUAUGGAGUUUUUCAAACCAAAGAAAAUAAGUACUAUGAGUCGCAUAUUAUAUUUGAUGGUGCCACAAAAGGUAUCGAUCCCACGGAGCAUGCUUUACAGCUUCUAUACCUUAUCCAUGAAGUGUUAGGGUUACCACCUGAUAAAUGCGAAAGAAAAAGUACGCCAUAUGGGAUGUCUCUUAAGUAUAAGCUAAAACCUCAGACUGAAAAUAACACAUACGGAGACGAAGACAAAACAAUGGAACUUACAAUUCACAUGAAAGAUAACACAAAGGUUAAGAGUAAAAAGCGAUGGAGUCAGGUGAUGUAUAUGUCUUAUGUGUUAGACCGUCGCCUCAAAGAUAUAAAGGCUACAGACGAAGAUGUCUUUAUUUUGACUACGGACGCUGAUGUAAAAUUUACCUCAGAUUCAAUAGCUUAUCUUCUCGAUUUGCUAGUUCGUGAUGACAGUGUGGGCGCAGUAUGUGCGAGGACAUUUCCUCUUGGAAAUGGUCCAAUUGUUUGGUAUCAAGCGUUUGAGUAUGCUAUUGGUCAUUGGUUUCAAAAGGCAGCAGAACACGUAUUUGGAUCCGUUCUCUGUUCGCCCGGGUGUUUCAGUGUGUAUAGAUGUAAAGCGAUUCGAGAGGUUCUACCAACCUAUGCAUCAGAUGUGGAACAUGCAUUUGAUUUUCUUACAAAGGACAUGGGAGAAGACAGAUGGCUUUGCACACUUAUGGUUCAAACUGGACGACGCAUUGAAUAUUGUGCUGCAGCAGAAAACAGCACACAUUGUCCUGAGACAUUUGACGAAUUUUUCAAACAAAGGAGGCGAUGGGUGGUUUCAACACUAGCAAAUAUGAUGUUGCUGUUGCAACAAUGGACAUUGGUUUAUGAUUUCAAUCACCGUGUUUCAUUUCUGUUCCUGGUUUACCAAGCUGUCUUGCUGUUUGCUACACUGAUUGGGCCAAGUUCUGUCGUAUUAGUUAUAUGUGGUGGUUUGCAGUAUUCCUGGAACUGGAAUCCAGUUCUUACACUCAUAUUGCAGUUGAUGAUAUGUGCAGGAUUCACUAUAACAUGCCUUAUUACAUCACCAAAAACUCAGCUUACUGUUGCGAAGAUCCUAACAUUUAUGUAUGCAGCCGUUAUGACAGCCGUUACAGUUGGAACAGCAUUGCAGAUUUCAUACGAUUUCAAAGGAUUUCCAGGAGCUGAGGCGAAUUUCAUAAGCCACGACAUAAAAAUAUCAACAACAACAGUAUAUCUUGCCACAGUAACCGGAAUAUUUCUUAUCGCCGCUGUACUGCACUUGCAAGAAUGUAUAUAUCUGUUACAUGGGAUAUGGUACCUAUUGUGUCUACCCGCUGGAUAUCUGUUGUUGAUAAUAUACAGCAUCUGUAAUAUAACUGACAGAUCUUGGGGGACAAGGGAAGGAAAGCAUGGGUCUGAUUCUUCAACCGUUUAUACAAACAUGCAAAAAAAGAUUGCGAAAAAAAUAAGAUCAAUAUUCAGCUUAUGCUGUCAGAGUCCUGCUGUAGAUACCCAACAUCAAGAAACAAAAAGAAAUACAGUGUCUACUCAAACAGAUGAAUACGAUGAAAAGGAAGAGAAACAUCCGACAGUGAAGAAAAAUAAAGGAAAGGGUACGGAGGUCGGUAAAACUACCCGGAGAGACUAUACUACAGUUGAUGAUUGGUUACCGGAAGAAAUGGUAGACAAGUACAGCAAACAGUUUGUCGAUAACGGCUUUGAAAAUACAAUUUUCAUAAGUGCAAUGACAGAGAAAGAUUUGCGCAAAAUUGGAGUAAAAAAUGACGGAGAAAUAGUAACAUUACUUUCGCGCAUAAGGACUCUACCAGAUUUCAAAAUAGCCCCUGAAAUACCGACUACCUUAUCGGAAUGGUUACACAACAUUGGACUUGAACAAUAUAAAGCAAAUUUUAUGGAAGCCUCGAUAAAGUCCAAGGAAGAAAUGGAAGCACUGAAAUCAUUUGGAAAACAAGACAUCAAUGAACAGCUAAAGAUAGUAAAAAAAGGACAUGUCAAGCGCCUACGUGAUGCGAUCAAACAGAUGCGUCAACCAACUAAAAGAGAGGAGAAAAUUGAAAAAGCGAGAAAGGCACUACAGAAGAAUAUACCAGAGGAUCAUUCGAACGGGCUUCAACAAUUUUGGACUGAUUUGAUUAAACUUUGUCUUGUACCACAGUCGUCUGCAUUUGGUUCAGAAAAUACAUUAAAAGAGAGGUUGAGUAAGUUGCGCAACACUUGGCUUGUAAUAUUUGCUUUGUCAAAUAUUUUGUGGUUGAUACUGAUUUCCACUUUGGCUGCUGAAGGACAUUUACUGAGUGUGUUUGGAAGCAAUCCUGUCGGUUUUAUCGUCGUAGUCCUUUUUGGGUUCAUUUUGAUAUUACAAUUUUUGGCAAUGUUUGUGCACCGCUUUUCAACAUUGAAACACUUUCUGGCCCGAGCACCAUAUUUCCGCAGCAGCGGCAAAAAUGUUAUCUACGACCUUAGCAAGCAACCCGAUGAAGCUAGGCAAAUUGGUUUUGAAAAUCCAAUGUGCAACGUACCAGCAGAAGAUUAGCGCCCGUAGCUGUUUAAGAUCUUUAUGCGACCACAUUUGAGCAACAUUUAGUGACAGUUUACAUAUUUCAUUUUAGUAUAUUCUGUUACAGAUUCAUUUAAGAAACAAAAGGACCCAUUUCAUAGAGAGAGAUCCUUGUUAGAAAUGAAUGUUUAAUUACUUUUUAUAAAAUUUUGUAAUUACUUCCCUUUAAUAAAAAUAUAUUUAAAAAGUAAACUAUUGUUUUUUUUUUUAUUUAAAUUUUAUUUCUUAUCUUACACUUGCAUUUGACAGACAGUUAGUUCAAGAAACUCAAACCAAAAGGCAAGUUUGAAUAAAGUGUGUUGCUUCUGAAUUAAUAUAUUUCCAAUCAAUCUUGGAUUUGAAGCCAAUAUAUGUAAAGGGAUAUGAUGAUAUUUUACAAAGUUGUAUUUCUAAUGAUUUCGGCUAAAUAAUAUUUAUCAAAAUAGAUAUUUGAAAAAUUUAAUGCAAUAAUUCUUAUAUUCAUGAUUUCUUAGGUAAGUGUGUUUAAUAAGAUUGUAUGAUUGCUAAAAUAACUCUAUAUUAUAGUUUUGCUCUCAGGACAGGAAAGUCAAAUGUAAAACAUACCGCCAGUGACAUUCUAACACGUAUUAAGUCAGUGAAAACAAAUAGGUGUAAAUGAUCAUUUGUUGCUUUUUGUGGCCAAAUCAAUAAUUGCAAGUAAAGUUUUUAAUCUAUAGGGGUUGUAAAUCAAAUAUAUGAUUGCUAGCCGGUGAAAAAAAUAUUUUGGUAAAUAUUGACCAGUAGACUAUAGCAGAUACAAUAUUGGUAUACUC